CUCUCGCCCUUGACUCUCUGUCCUUUUGCCAUCAAUACCAGAACUACAGGCGGCAUACCAGCGUUCUGUAUUCUCGCUAACCACUCUCGCGUUUGGAGAUGCCUAACAAGAAAGGUCAAUCCACCUCGAACCACAUAUCGUGCAUGUGCCUCCCCCAUCCUCAGUUAGAUUCAUCGAGCGCCUCGGGAACAGACGGUCUCGCUGCUGCAUCGACUUGCCCUUCGAGGUUGAUUGAUCGACGAUCAUCGAGCAAUAUGGCGAGUAGAUCACUGAGAUCAGUGAUAGCCACAGAACCCUCCACCCCUUUCUACUCGCCUCUUCAGUUCUCCCUGAACGCCUCGAGCCGGGAUUUCCAACUGGACCCGGGUGGCUCUCAAGUCAAUCCACGCCAGGGCACUAGCACAUUGCCUUGGCCUCCUCGCAGCUCCUUUGCAGUAGCGGCGCCUCAAACCGCCGUCGAUGUUGGUCAUGCUGAACUAGACGCCCUGGCUGACUCAAUGUCGGUCAUGCCUGGCUCUCCAAGAUCCCAGCAGACAUUCGGGUUUCCCCAGUUCCAUACUCUGUGAGAGCCCCAAGCAACCUCUUAGCACUGAAUGGAGCAGGACACAGCUGACAGAUUGUUCUUUGAAAGAUCCACACAGCCGAUGACGGGAAGAAGGAGCAAAACCAACAAAACCAGAAAGACUAAC